CAUCAACAGAUCGUGGCACCGGCUGGCGCCACAAAGUGCACCGAUGGCCAACUUCUGCGCACACUGUGCGCCAGCACAAGUUGGUCAUUCCUGCUGAGGUCCCAGACAAGAAGUUCGUUCUUGUUGUUGGGGCAUCCCAUCUGCGCUUCCUUGCAGAUGAGAUUGUGCCGAUGCCAGAAGAUCGCUACAGCUUUGGCUUCAUGUUGACUCCAGGGGCGUGCGCGGACCACCUUAGGACUGAAGUUGUUCACGCUGUUCUUCCUCGGACCCCUGAUGCUGUUUGUCUCAUUGCCCCUGGAAACAACCUGACGGCCAGCACCACGCCCGAGCACGGGGGCGCAGCUUUUCACCGCUACCUGGUGACUGUCUGCAACGUCUGGCCAACUGCACAGGUUUUUGUUGUGGACCUUGUCCCACGCUUGACGGUCCCGGGGGAUGUUCAAGAGUUUUUCCGUCAGGAAUUUCACCGCGUGUCAGCUCGCCUUGGUGUUAAGUACUAUCACCACGCUGGCCGCUUCCUCCUGAACAACCGGAAGCUGUGGUGCCGUGAUGGUGUGCACCUCAGUGAUGACAUGGGGAUGCCCCUCCUCGUGGACUCACUGUUGGCUGCCACCACCCACCACCUGGAGACACUGGCACCUACACCACAGGUGCCGCGCCCGGUGUCUCCCACGCCUAAACCCAGGCCUCCGCCACGGGUUGUACCACGUGUGGUUGUGGUUGGGGAGGUCCCUGUUCCACGCCCCCCCCGAGUGGACAACUGUAGAGCCAGGCAGGAAGGUAAGGGGUUGAACAAUGUACAGAUGCUUUCAUGA